ACUCACUGUACUUUUUUCCCUCUGUGCGAUAUCCUUUACGAUCUUCAAUGAUCUCCAGGCCGUAGGAAGCGGCUGUCUCGUGCCCUUAUAGACUUGUGUCUGUCGCCCUCAUCUGAUAACACCGGAACCCAUAAUCGAACACAGUCGCGAAACCAUGGACGUGGCCGCUACAGCAGAGCAUGAUGUCGUGCCAACAACCGUCGAGGAACAAAAGUCGCGUGGACCGCAGAGGGCGAGCUUAGACUCCAAUGGUGGAGAUCAAAAGGAGGAGAACAAAUUCCAGAAAGCGAUAGCCGCAUGGCGAAAUAUCGACCUCACAACACUAAUACCUAAACUCGACACCGCAGCUUCAGAUUUGGUGGCUCACCAGCGUGACUCCCUUGUUCAGAGGAAGGACCUCGCACAGAAGACAAAAGACUUUCGCAAAUUGGACGACGCCGGAAAGCUGAAUGAUAUCAAAGCCUUGCUCAAAGCAUACCAAACCUACAUUGACUUAAUUACCAAUCAGUCCAAAGCUAUCCACUCCGCCUUCCUACAAGUUUAUACGCCGCUUUCUGAAGCCCCUGAUCCCUACCCUCUCCUGGAAGCCUCCAUCGAUGCUUUGAUUACGGCAUCCGACACGGUCCCGCGAAUGACAGAAGAGAAUCAACGUCUUCAAAAACAAGUUAGCAACCUGACAUCCCAGCUCGAGCGCACAGAGGAGGAGCUUUCGCGAGAGCGAAACGCACGGCAGGAACUAGAAAGCAGUAGAGACGAGAAGAUCAAGAGCGUGGAACAAUCUUGGGAAGCAGUGCUAGAAGAGAAGAAAGACAACUGGGCGGCGAAAGAGCGAAGUUUGGAGGAGAAGGUCGAGGGCUUGGAAAGGGUGAUUAAGGAGGUCAAGGCGUCCUAUGAAGUCGCCCAGCGAUUGAACAAAGGAGAGGAUGCAGACGCAGAUGGCAUCGCACGAUCGGGCGCUACAGCAGCUGAGCUGGAGAUCGUAAGUUCGGAGCUGGAUCGCGCGAAUCUCCGGAUUGCCGAAGUAGAAGCACGCAACGAACAGUUGAGGUUGGAGCUCGCACAGUCUGCAUCAAGCUCAGGCACUUCGAAAGCCGUUGAAGACGAUCCGGCAUACCUUAGACUGCAAUCGGAGAAUUCCUCGCUGAUCCGACGGCUGGAAAAUUGGCGAUUCGAGAAGGAGUCCGAAAGGCGCAAGUGGGAGGGAGAGUUGCGGAAUCUGGAGAGGGAGGUGAGCGCGCUGAAGAAAGAAAGGGAGAAUUUAAGAGAAAAAAUGCGAAGCUGGAGCGAUUAUGAAAACUUGAAGCGCGAAUUGGAGGUUUUGAAGUCGAUCGAAUUCGCAACGGGCGAUGACGAUGAAACCGAAGCUGCAGAAGCGCUUCACGAGAGCAAUGGCUCAGCUAGCAAAGGAGAAAGCCUCGAACAACUUCUCCUCGCGCGGAAUAAGAAGCUCAAUAACGAAUUGACAAUUCUGCGCGUGUCCCACCAGGACUUGCAAUCCCGCCUCUCGAAAUUGCAGGAAGAUCUCUCAACUACAACUGCCGAGCUAGAGAAGUCGCAACGGCUAAACCAAACUCUCGAAGCCGAUUUGGAGAAGGUUCAAGAAGAAGCAUCUCAUGCCUUUCCUUCUAGUGCGAUGUCAGUCGCAGGAACAUACACAAGUCGCUAUCCUUCAUCCGCACAUCCUGGCCGAAGAGGGCGCAACAUAUCUCCAACCUCCAGCAUCAUCUCAGGUUUUGACCCACAGCACGUACCUUCUGGCACGCCGGUCGAGGUGCUGCGCUCCGGAGAGCCUGUAGGCGGCGGAAGUGGAAUGCUGCCAAUGAUUACAGCGCAGAGGGACCGGUACAAAAAGAAGAAUGGGGAGCUAGAGGCGGAACUGCAGAAGCAGUACCAGAUAGUACAAAGCCUGAGGAGUGAAGUCGCCAGUCUGCAAAGGGAUAAUCUGAACCUGUAUGAAAAGACGCGAUACGUAUCGACCUACGCCCGAGGUGGUACAGCGGGUGGCAGCGGCUCCUCGUACUCCGCGGCAGCGCCACGGGAGACUGCAAUCAGCAUCGGCGGCGCGGAUGCGAGUGAAUCCCGCUACAAAGCUGCAUACGAGAGCAAUCUCUCCCCCUUUGCCGCGUUUCGAGGCCGGGAGUCCGCACGAGCGUUCAAACGUAUGAGCAUGCCAGAGCGCGCUGUUUUUCAGGUCACAAGACUCGUGCUCGCAACAAGGACAAGCAGGAACCUCUUUGCAGCUUAUUGUCUCGGGCUGCAUUUAAUGGUGCUAAUCAUGCUAUACCAAAUGGGAGGGGACACGUCAGGAGCGGCGAUGGUAGUCGCACACGCUCCAAUCGGCGCUGGGAAGGAAGAUGUAGAUACCUAAUCAUGGCGUUGGGUAAUGAUGAGAGGCUAAAGCGGAUCUUCGGCGGAGUUAACAUACUUUUGUCCUUAGGUCGGCUACCGUUCGCACAAUACACUGACUUCAGCGUUUUGUUCGCUA